AUGGGAUUUGGGAGUUUGUUACAGAUGAAGAUGAUUGACAAACCGUUAAAGAUUGUUUAUUAUGUUCUUGGUCAUUUUAAUUUUGAAACUUUGAAGGUGGAGUUUGAGAAUUGUCAACUUAGUGUUGAUAGUAAAUCUGUUCAUGAGAUGUUAGGAUUACCAUCUGGUGGCUCAUUACUUUCAAACAUGGAUUACAUUUCCGAGAAUAAUGAAGAGAUUGUAUGUUUGAGUGGAAGAAAUAGUAUGGAAAUAUUUGAUAAAUUGAGAUCGAAACAGCUAAAGAAUGAACUUGUUUGA